AUGGCUACCCCUGGCUACUCCCUCUUCGAGCUCUAUCAAACUGCUAAGAAAGCAAAGCAGAUAUGGAACGCUUUCACUGAUGAAUUCGAAAAUGCCCCUACCAGAGUUCGAGAGCUGAUUGAAACGUGUGACUACCUGUCCAAGGUGCUGUGCGACUUUACCAGUCUCUUAGAGGAGUACGAAGAGGCAUAUCCUCAAGAGGAGAGCUUCGAUCGGAAACUGCUUGAGUGCCAGGCCUUUAUCGACAGGUACUGGUCGCUAAAGGGGGACUACUUAACCGAAUUGCAGACCCACAGAUUGGGUCUCGGGUCACGACGUACAUGGAAGCAGGUCUGGCAGACUACCCGAUAUGCAUACGAUAACAAACGAGCCCAAGAGUUAAAGGACGGUUUAUGCCUAGAGAUCCAGAAACUCCUGGCCUUCACCGUAGUUUUCGCCCUGAGAAGGAGCGCUCCCGUCAAUUACUCCCUCGACCUCUCCAAUGCGCGGGAUCGGACAAUAGCGGCUAAUAGUCCCCGGCCCAGACUAGAUACGCCGUUGAGGCUCGCUCUACUUCAGCCUAGUCAAGAGCCAGAACUUAUAGGCUUACAUUGCCAGCUACUUGAGUUCCAAGCCCUAUUCCGAGAUCUUGUAGGAGUCAGGUACUCGUACGAGCGGGAAAUGAACAGUGCCCUCCAGUGGGGUCGACCAACGAACAUCGAUCCUAUCAGGGAGAGAUUAGAAUCUAUUUGGCAUAAGCUGUAUGUCCGCUCUGGACUGAUAAAUGAGGAUAGCCCGACGCCGCCUCUGCCAAGGGAUUCACGCGAGCUUCUAGAAGCACCAGCCCGAAGCUACGACCAACUUGUUAUUAACACCGCUGCUCCUUCGAUGCAUGGGGGUUUGCGUACCAGCACCGAUGUUCGACAAUCACUUCAACGAACAAACCGAACGAGACCCCCUAAUUCCUUCCAGUCUAGGCCACAUCCACCAUCCACGUACGCGCCCUCAUCAUCUGGGUGUCGGACAUCGAGCAUUACAACUACCUCGCUAUAUAACACGUCCGAAGUAACGCCUCGCACAACGCCAUAUUUGACGGCAGAGCAAGGUUCACCCACUGUAGCCGACUCUCUCCUACCCGAGUCCACUAUGUCAACUAUACUAUCGCCGGUUGCAACCAUCUCUUCAAGCACACUCCCCAUCCUGCAAAGACAAAUAAAGCUACUAAGCUGGGCCGUUAGGGUGGUUGCCGAAUCGCAUUUCGUAGAGUGGAGUACUGAAAACAGUACUGAGAAGCUAAUUCAUUUUCUGCCUCAUGCAGCAUUUCCUCAUGUUUACCAUUCGAGAACACUGCAAAGUCUUGAUGUAACGUUUGGUGAAUGCCACCAAGUUGUCCUAACUUCUAGUGACGCUACCGUCUAUGAAAGACAUAUAAUGGUCGAGUAUUAUUUUUCCUCGCAUGAUAAACGAGACAAGUUUCAGGGCGAUAUUCGAGACAUGACGCACAUCAAAGCGUUCGACGUCGAUGUGAUCUGGUCCAACCUGCACCCAAAAUAUGAUGGUUGGCACCAUUUGGCAGGAAUCGCAAGACUCGAGAAGCUCAACCUAUGGCAGUCGAACAGAUUCCCGUACCACUAUUCGCUUUCCUUUCUUGCCUCCGCUACAUCGGGUGAGCAGCAGGAGUACCCACUUUCGUCGUUCAGUAAUCCCCCAGUAUAUACGCAGCGCAGCAAAGAGGCCCGACUGUAUCUGAGAGGGAGAAGAACGACAAGCGAUACACCAAACGACACACCCGUAUCACCGAACUCCCAACCGCCCAACCGCCAUGACUUUACACAACCCGAACAUAUCUGCUUCCAGUUUACACACAAGGAGGAAUACAACUUCUUCAGAGAAGAAUACGAACGCGCACAUGCCGAAGAGCAGAUGAUCACUGAGCCUCGAUAUCCAGUGGAUAGAGUCGAGUUAGCCAAUACACAGGCGCCUGUUGAAAUCGGUGGCAGGUUGUUUCUGGAUUGGUACGGAGGGGCACGAAUAUGGUCCUACUCAAGCGUUAGGGAGUUCAUUUGGGGAAUAGAUGGUCCGGUUUCUGGGCGUUUCUGGCUCGCAUGCGGCAAAGACUUGGAAAAUUGGUUGGAUAUCUUCCAGGAGAAGUUUGUGGAGUUGGUACAAGUAGUAGGAAUUUGUAUUUCAAGGUUGCCCUGUAUUGUGAUCACUGGUGUAUCUUUCAAUUUUAUGUCUGAGUAUCCACCCCAGUACGCUCAACCCCAUCUUUAA